GACACGCCCCCCCACCGAGGCUCCGCCCCCCCCGCUUCUCCUCUCUCCCCUUGAGGUCACAUCCGCACCGGGCCGGAAGCGGCGGGUGCGCGGCCGUAUUUGAACGGCGGGGUACCGCGCGGCUGCCGCGGUCGCGGGUUCGUGUCCCGCUGGGGCCGCCCGCCCACCCGGCCCCGCCAUGCCCAUCCGCGCACACUGCACCAUCUGCUCCGACUUCUUCGACAACGAGCGCGACGUGGCGGCCGUGCCCUGCGGCCACACGUUCCACUACGUCUGUCUGAUCCAGUGGUUUGACACAGCACCUAGCCGGACCUGCCCGCAGUGCAGAAUCCAGGUUGGCAGAAAACACAUCAUCCAUAAGCUGUUUUUUGAUGUUGCCUUGGAGGAGCAGGCAGUGCCGGAUGCAGAGACCUUGCAGAAUGAACUGGACAAGGUGAAGGCUGAGCUCUCUGUGAAAGAGAAAGAAAAGCGGGAAUGCCAGGCAGUUGUGGAUGGGCUGAGGGACACUCUGGAUGUGCGCAAUGCCACUAUAGAGUCGCUCCAGAAGGUGCUCGGAGAGACAGAGAUGUUGUGCUCCUCUCUCAAGAAGCAGAUGAAAUUCCUGGAGCAGCAGCAGGAGGAUAACAGAAGUUCAAAGGAGGAGGCCCGCCGCCUGCGAAACAAGCUGAAGACCAUGGAGCGCAUCGAGCUGUUGCUUCAGAGCCAGCGCCCUGAAGUGGAGGAGAUGAUCAGAGAGAUGGGAGUCGGGCAGGCAGCGGUGGAGCAGCUUGCGAUCUACUGUGUCUCGCUGAAAAAGGAAUAUGAAAACUUGAAGGAGGCUCGGAAGAUGUCUAGUGAGAUGACAGAGAAACUGAAGAAGGAGCUAUUUGCUGUCAAUAGCAAGCUGCAGAAAACAGUUUUGGAGUUGGAGAAGACACAGGAGGAGUUAAAAAGCACCCAGAAGGAUCUGAAGAAUGCGGACAAGGAGAUCUUGAGCUUGAAGAAGAAGAUAGACAUCCUGCAGGAUACUCUGAAGGUGCCAUCCCCAACUAGAGAGACGCUCAGUCGACUAGUCUUUGAAAGCCCUGCUCCCGUGGAACUGCAGCACCCAAAGCUCCACCGCCCAGCCCACAGCGAGGAGAUCAAUCUAGAUGCUUCUUUUGAUGUCGACACCCCUGAACAUCAGCCCUGCAGUUCUCUCUGCAGCCCUGCAAAAAGGCAGAAGCUGGAUAAAAAGCCGCCUCCUGUGGUAAAUCUGGCGAAGAAGGUGCUGAAGGAAACGGUGGAGAACUGGGCAGAUGAUCCGGAGGAUGAUACCCUUAAAGGACUGUUGCCAGCAUUCAUCAGGAACUCUGUUCUCUCCAAGAAGCCAUCUUCGGGUAGCUUGCUGGGUCCGCACAGGAACGUGGGCACUGUGCGGAUGGGUUAUGAUGGCAUGGGAGGCAGAACAAAGUUCAUACAGCCUACAAACCUGGCAGAAAUCCGUCCAUUAGCAGUGAGGAGCAAGAAAAAGGUCUCCAGGCAGGUGUCUGCAGCUCCCUCCACAUCUUCCUCCAGCAGCAGCCAAGCCAGACUGGACAGUUUUCUGCAGUGAGAGCAGCUGGGCAGGGUGGCCAUAGCACAGACCAUGCUUGCCCAGAGCCUGGCACACAAAGCAAUGGGCAACCGCUGUUCUGUGAGUGGCUAUGAUUUGCAAAGCACCUAUGCUAUGUGGUGGGUGAGGCAAGUUGCC